GUACGCGAUACGUGUCGAUGUGCUAGUCGAUACAUCACCCACAAAAGAAAAAGACCAGAAAUUGGAACCCAGGGCAAAGUUGAUGUUACGGAAAAUUAUUCCCUCUAGCGUCUCGCUCAUUCGCGGGGCCUCGUGUUUCCUAAAACUUCCAUGUAGAUUCUGCAGAAGAUCCCCGAAGAUCUCGCGCAGCUAAACACACAAUAGAAUUCAAUGGAUGGCUUUAUAGCCAAUAUCCAGCCAACUACCCGCGCACUAUGCUCCUGCAUAAACUCAAGGUUGGUCCUAACGGCCAGGGCCAAAAAGGGGAUCGAAUCCCCCGGGUUCUCAAAAAUUGAUUUUUACAGUAUUCGGUGGUGUUUUGCGUGCGGCCACCUGAUGGCAAGUAAUAUGUAUCACACAGAAUAUCCGCCCUCUCCUCAUUCUCUCUCAGUCAGUCAAGCCACUGCUUUAGGCCAAAGACAAUUAUUGCUCCACUGCAGUGGGACAGUGGGCUCAGCUCCACAGAUCAUUGAACCACUGUUUAAACUUAGAUGGAUCGACUUAGUCCUUGAAUCCUACCAAUACCGGACUUCGACACCCUGCACCGAAAACGGAACUGCGUUAUCAUACCACUAUGCAAAGCUCAGACAGCUCCCGGCACCCCAAGAUAAGUCCUCCGUACAUCUCGAGAUGGGACUAGGUAUGCUGUCCGCACAACCGCGGAUCUAGCUAACGCAAACUCUAUAGGUCGGCCAUGACUCGGGUUCCAAACUAAACCGAUAUCGCCGUUGUAACAGCUUCCAUGGUUCAUUCUCGUAUUCACUUUGGCGGACCUGAUGGAUAUGAGGAACGAGAUCAGGUAUUAGGUCUACAGGGGGUGUUC